AUUCGGGCGGCGGGGAGGGGGGCGCGGCCACGGCCAGGGCGGCGGCUCUUCCCGGCCCUCCCUCCCAGCGGCCGCGCACCCAGGCCGGCCUGCGGCGGAGGCGUGCGGGGUUUCCACGGAAGAGCCCGCCCGCCCGCCCGCCCCCCCGUGCGCGGCGCCGGCGGUGGUGCGCUCCAGCCCGGCUCGGCCGCUGCGGGGAUGCGCUGAGCCCGCCCAGCCCCGAGCCGCGGCCGCCCUCCCGCCCGCCCGCCCGCCCGGUGCGGCAACCCCCGCCGCUCCUCCCCCCGCCCCCCGGCCCCGGGGCGAUGCGGCUGCGGGCUCCGGCCGCCCCCUGCUAGGCAGCCCUUCGGGCCCGCGGCGGUGGGUGCCCUCCAGGGGGCCCGGGACCAGCAGCGCCAUGGCGAAGCGGGAGUCCAGCUCCAGCCCGGUGGUGCGGCAGAUCGACAAGCAGUUCCUGGUGUGCAGCAUCUGCCUGGACCGCUACCUCAACCCCAAGGUGCUGCCCUGCCUGCACACCUUCUGUGAGAGGUGCCUGCAGAACUAUAUCCCACCCCAGAGCCUGACCCUCUCCUGCCCCGUGUGCCGCCAGACCUCCAUCCUGCCCGAGAAGGGCGUGGCUGCCCUCCAGAACAACUUCUUCAUCACCAACCUCAUGGAGGUGCUGCAGCGCCAGCCGGACAGCGCCAGCCACGAGGAUGCCGCUGCCGCCAUGCUGGACUCCGUCAGCGCCGUGCCUGGCCAGCCGCUCUCCUGCCCCAACCACGAAGGGAAGAUGAUGGAGUAUUACUGUGAGUCGUGCGAAACAGCCAUGUGCCACGAAUGCACGGUCGGGGAGCACCGUGAGCACAUGACGGUGCCCUUGCGGGACGUGGUGGAGCAGCACAAGGCCUCUCUGCGCCAACAGCUGGAGGCCAUCAAGAGCCGGCUGCCCCACCUGACUGCCGCUAUCGGGCUGGUGUCCGAGAUCAGCCAGCAGCUGAUGGAGCGCAAGAACGACGCCGUGGCCGAGAUCGGGAGCACCUUCGCUGAGCUGGAGAAGGCCCUGCACCAGCGGAAAGGGGGGCUCGUCCGGGACCUGGAGGCCCUCUGUGGGGCGAAGCAGAAAGUGCUGCAGGUACAGCUGGACACGCUGCGCCAGGGCCAGGAGAACAUCCUCAGCAGCUGCAGCUUCACGGAGCAGGCGCUGGACCACGGCUCGGAGACGGAGGUGCUGCUGGUGAAGAAGCAGAUGAGCGAGCGGCUGAGCGAGCUGGCCGGGCGCGAGUUCCCCGAGCAGCCCCACGAGAACGCGCAGGUGGACUACGUGGUGGAGACGGAGGGGGUGCGCAAGUCCAUCCUGAACCUGGGGGUGCUGCUGACCACCAGCGCCACGGCCCACAAGACGGUGGCCACGGGGGAGGGGCUGCGCCACGCCAUCGUGGGCCAGGCCACCUCGCUCACCAUCACCACCAAAGACAAGGACGGGGAGCUGGUGCGGAGCGGCAGCGCCUGCUUGCAGGCCGAGGUGACGGCCCCCGACGGCUCCUCCGCCAGCCCGGAGGUCCUGGACAACAAGAACGGGACCUACGAGCUGCUGUACGUGCCGCGCCAGGAGGGGGACCACCUGCUCUCCAUCCGCCUCUACGGCCAGCCCAUCCGAGGCAGCCCCUUCCGCGUCAAGGCCGUGAAGGCCUCGGACGUGCCCCCCUCCCCGGACGACGUCAAGCGCCGCGUCAAGUCCCCCAGCAGCGGCCACAUCCGCCAGAAGGCCGUGCGCCGCCCCUCCAGCAUGUACAGCAGCGGCAAGAAGAAGGAGAAUCCCAUCGAGGACGAGCUGAUCUUCCGCGUUGGGAAUCGUGGGAGGGAGAAAGGUGAAUUCACCAACCUGCAGGGCAUCUCCACCUCCAGCAACGGGCGCAUUGUGGUGGCCGACAGCAAUAACCAAUGUGUGCAGAUCUUCUCCAACGAGGGCCAGUUCCGGCUGCGCUUUGGUGUGCGGGGCCGCUCCCCCGGGCAGCUGCAGCGCCCCACGGGCGUCACGGUGGACCUCAAUGGGGACAUUAUCAUUGCUGACUAUGACAAUCGCUGGGUCAGCAUCUUCUCGCCAGAGGGCAAGUUCAAGACAAAGAUCGGGGCGGGCCGCCUGAUGGGGCCCAAGGGCGUGGCUGUGGACCGCAACGGGCACAUCAUCGUGGUGGACAACAAGGCCUGCUGCGUCUUCAUCUUCCAGUCCAACGGGAAGCUCGUGGCCAAGUUUGGGAGCCGCGGCACGUCGGAGCGGCAGUUUGCAGGUACCCUCGAUGGGCCUCACUUUGUUGCCGUCAACAACAAGAAUGAGAUUGUGGUCACCGACUUCCACAACCACUCCGUGAAGGUGUACAGCGCUGACGGAGAAUUCCUCUUCAAAUUUGGCUCUCACGGCGAGGGGAACGGGCAGUUCAAUGCGCCGACGGGCGUGGCUGUGGACUCCAACGGGAACAUCAUUGUGGCCGACUGGGGCAAUAGCCGGGUCCAGGUCUUCGACAGCUCCGGCUCCUUCCUGUCCUACAUCAACACCACGGCAGACCCGCUCUACGGGCCCCAGGGCCUGGCGCUCACUUCUGACGGACACGUGGUGGUGGCCGACUCCGGGAACCACUGUUUCAAGGCCUACCGAUACCUGCAGUAAUUGUGGGGGCGGGGGGACAGUGGGGUGGAGGCGUAACUGGGAUGCCCUCCUCCCUGCCUGUUCAUUGCCCCCAAAGGUGGUGGGGGCCCCAGGGGGACUUGAGGGGGCUCUGGCAGCCACGUGCGAAGGUGCCAAUUGCUACCACGGCAUCUGCGCGUUGGAGUUCCGGACGCUCCCUGGGGUGCGCAGGGAGGCGUCGUCCGCUUGGCUUCUCCAGCAAGACCACCCUACUUUUGCAGUCCCGUUGCGGGAGGGGGGCUGGGGGAGGUGGGUCUCGUGUGGGCUUUGUCGCAGUCUGUCUGCUUGGGGGGGUCCCUGUUUCUUUUCUCCCACCCCUCCCCCGCCGUCUUUCCCCAACUUGGCUUUUUUUCUGCACUUUAUCUCUGUCUGGGGAGGGGGCCGAGUCCACUCCGCCCCCUCCUGUCCUGCUUUGCAGAGACUUUGCCGGGCUCGUCCUGGGGGGGCGGUGCAGGAGAAUCGUGGGCCGACACCGACUGCUCACCUCCCCCCAUUAUGACUUCAGAAGCCAGGGGGGCUGGCUGGUCAGCCGGUCGCUCUUUGGGGGAGCAGCAGGAAGGUGACUCUCAGCCGUGCCAGAUAACCUGCGUCAUAUUGGUGUCACGGGGGCGGGGGGGUGAGGCCUGCCCUGAAUCCCCGGAGGAGUUCGGCCCCAGCCCUUCCUUCUUCCCUCUUAGGUGGGGGAGGGGGUGCCAUGGAGGGAGCACGAGCGAGUGAGCGUGUGUGGGGUGGCGGCUCUGCCUCUUCCUGCCCCAUACAGGCAGCGUGGCUCACUUCCACACACAGGCAGCCGUUUUCCACGGGGCUCUCCUCCUCGGCUGUGCUUUGCCUCUCCGUCUGCCUGGCCCUCGGCCACAGCAGCCUUUAGCAGCAGCCGUUGAGCCGGAGGAGGCUGGGCAGUGGCCAGCGCUGUGCUGACGAGAGCGCUGGAGCUGACCCUUGGGGGUCGCUCCUCAUCCCUCCUGUCGCGUUCUGGGGCGGGGGGGGGGGGGGCACUGCCCCUGUUCCUUGCCCCUCCCAAACCAGCCAGCCAGCCAGCCUUGGGCUCAUAGCCUCAGUCACCAGCCAGCCCAUGUCAGACCUGUGAGCUGCUGCUGCUGCUGCUGCUCCUGUCUGCUGCGAUCUGCCCCUUCUCCGCUCUGCUCCCUGGGCCUUUGACACACGCUCCGGCCGACUGGGCUGGGCUGGGCUGGGCUGGGGGGAGGCAGCCACGUGCAAAUGAAAUGUAUGUAAAAAUAACAAUAAAGUAUUCUGAAAGUA